GCAAGGUUGACCAGCGCGGGCCUACUGCAUGCUCCGUAGCUUGCAUUGACUUCGCCGCCAAGAUGAACUCCAAGAAGACGACGGCCAAGCCGCCCAAGAAGGACCGGCCCUCGCCGGCGUCGUCGAUCGCAAGCGUGCUCGGGCAGCUCGACGCGUACGAGAAGAGCGUCUCGAACAAGAAGUCGGACUUGGCGCUGCCAGCUGUGGGCGCGGCGACACCGUCCUUGUCUCCGUCCAAGUCGCGCCAAAAGCUCAUCAAGCAGAUCCAGUCGAACGCGAGUCUCGACCGCGGGACGCCGCCACCCGGACCACCACCGCCGCCCGAGAACGUCUCACUCGUCGAGUACCUCGAAGCCGUCGUGCCCGUCGAGAAGCUCAUCGAUAACAAUGCGCUCACGCGACCGCAGCUACCGAUCGCUUGCUACGCCGACCUCGACGACGCUGGUGGCCGCGGCUAUCUGACGACCGGGCCCAAGAAGGCGGUCGCGCUGGCCAUCGACGCGCGCACGGGCGCCAUUGGCCACUGGUCGGCCUGCACCGUCAUCGCUUACGACGCCAGCGCGAAUCUCUUUGUCGUCUCGUGGCUCGCCGGCGCGCGCAUCGGGGCGCCGCUCGUGCCCCGGGUGCUCCUCUGCUUUGAAGCCGAGCCGCGCGCCCUGUUCGUAGCACGGUUUACGACCGCCGUCGCCCGGCGCUCCGAGGCCGAGGCCCGCCUCCGCUACGAGCUGUACAUCGAGUCCAUGCCGCCGGACGUCGAGGCGCAGCUCGACGCGGACCGCGUCAACAGCAUUCUGUCCUUCGCGCUCUCGUCGUCGCGGCUCUCAACGAACGCGCGCACGUCCAAGCUCUUAGAGGAAGUCAACGAAAGCUACAUGCGCACGAUGAAUGCCAUCUUGUUGGCCACCAACCUCCGCGACGUCGGGCGCGAAUUCCCGAUGCUACUGCUGCCGACACCAAAGGUCGCCGGCGACGUGCCGGCGUUUGGGACGGUCCAGUUGCCGUCGUACGACUUUGCCCAGCGACGGACCGACGCCAGCAUCGACUCGUUUCUGAGCGCGCCCCCAGCGAUUCGCGCGCUUCUCGACGUGCGCCAUGCAUGCAACAUUAUGGGCGGCCACUUGCUCCUCAAAACAGAACAGACAGGCGAUGUCUCGGACGGCCGCGUCGUGCACCGGUCGGUCGUCCUCGCCGACUUUGUCGCAGCGCAGACGCUCGCAAAUCAAAACGCGAUGCGGUUUCUACGUGAUAAUUGGACGCGGAGUGCGGCCAAGUGCAUCAUGAGCCACAUGGGCCCGCACUACAACCUCCUCGAGAGCCACCGCAGCGCGUACGAGACGUCGUCAUUGCGCCGGAUCCUGCGCCGCGUCAACCUUGUCGCCGAAGACAGUCUCCGGGACGUUGUCGCUGCUACGUUUCAUGCGUAUGCGGCCUUUGUGCACAACAUGUGCGACAAGACCGUGGUCAUUGCCGACACACACGACGUGCGCGUCGACACGAAGGGCAAGCCGACCUACAUCGCGCUCUUCAAGGUCGACGUUGUCAUCUCGGGCGACCCAAAGACGCUCAACGCCGCAUCGGUCACCGAACGCGCCGCCGCGAUCGCAGCGUGGGACAGCGACGACCCGUGUCCGCUCGAGCCAAUAGCACCCGUCGUUGGCCACGAUUUCGAGUACGCGACGCCGCCGCAUGCGUUUGCUGACGCGGUCGUGUCACAGCUCGGUCUCGCGCUCGAUCGCGUUCAAACGCUCGAGCUCAUCGAGCGGAUUGUCAUGGACCGGCUUUUCUGGCCCAAUCAAGACACGAUUGGUUGCGUAAGCAUGGACGAGCCGUGGGUCGUGACGCUAAGCGCGUCGAUGCAGUCGGCGCUCACCGACGCGCUCGCGCCCCUGCACGCGUAUUUGGAGCUCCUCGCCAAGCACAUUCCGCUUCUAAACCUCAACGUACUCGAGUACCUAAGCAGUCUUCUCAAAGCACCAGAAGCCAAAGAAGACCCAAACGAAGUCGAUGUGACGCCACCGAUCGAGAUCAACGAGCUCCGGCGCGUGAUCCAAAAGCACCGCGAAGCCGAGCGCUUGAUCCUGGAAGCGCUGCCGGCGACGCCAUUGAACCUCGGGCUCGUCGCCGUCGACGUCGGCCACGUCCGGCUCUUCUUGGCGAAAAAACACGCUGAGAUUUACACGAAGUUGCUCGAGACCCAAGUGGCAUUUUGCUACCGCCUCGCGACCAAAUUGACUGCCAGUUUCGACGAGAUCAACGCCAACUUGGCCGUGACGCCCAAGGACGUCGAGGGUCUGACUGCGCUCCAAGAGUACAUAGCCUCCGUCCCCGCGACGCUGCAGCCAUUGCAAGACGACAUUCGCGUCAUGCUCCUCAACAACGACCUCGUCGACGACUUUGGUUUUCUAGUCUCGGACGAGCACCUCCGGCUCAAGUGGAACGUGCUCGGGUGGCCGGGUCGCAUCCACACGCAGAGCGCGCGCUUCAAGUGGGCUCUCGACGAGCGCAAGGCCAAGUUCGCCAAGCAAAUGGAAGCGGAGCAAGAGCGGUUCGAGAAGACGCUAUCGGCGCUGGUCGAAGAAGUCGACGCGUUUGCGCGCUACGACAACCUCGCGCACGUCGAAGACAUUGCGCACCACGCAAUGGCGGUGCAAAAGAAGCUCGACCAAGCGUCGUCGGACGCUGCGAUCUUCAACUCGCGCGAGGUGCUCUUUGGCAAGGACAUGACUAGCUACGACGUGCUUGCGCUCGCGAAGAAGACGUUUGAGCCGUACAACCAGCUCUGGGGCACCGCGUACAACUGGCUUCAGUCGCGCAAACAGUGGACGCAAGGCAGCUUCUCGGACGUCAACGCCGAAGAAAUCGAAAAGGCCGUCGAGACGUAUGGCGGCACGAUCGGUAAAGCCGCCAAGUUCUUCAGCUCGAGCGGCAACGAGGCGUGCGCGCGCAUCGCCGAGACCAUCAAGGAGCAGAUCGGGGUGUUCAAGCCCUAUGUGCCGCUGAUUCUCGGCCUCCGCAACCCGGGCAUGCGGCCCCGGCACUGGGCCGAGCUCAGCAAAGUCCUCGGGUUUACCCUCGAGCUCGACGAAAGCUUUACGCUCAACAGCAUUUUCCGGCUCAACUUGCUCGACCAAAUCGAUGACAUUGUCAAAGUCGCCGAGGCCGCGGGCCGUGAGUACCAGAUCGAAGCCGCGCUCAAUGCGAUGAAGACGCAGUGGGAGACGAUCGACCUGCAAAUUCUCUCGUACCGCGAGACGGGCACCUACAUCAUCAAGGGCGUCGACGAGAUCCAAGUCGUGCUCGACGAGCACAUAACGCUGACCCAAGCCAUGAUGUUCUCGUCGUUCAAAGGUCCGUUCGAAGAGCGCAUCACCGAGUGGAACAUCACGCUGCAGCUCAUCUCCGAGAUCCUCGAAGAGUGGCUUGCGGUGCAGCGCAGCUGGCUGUAUUUGCAGCCGAUUUUCGAGAGCCCGGACAUCAACAAGCAGCUGCCGUUGGAGGGCAAGCGGUUUGCGUCCGUCGACAAAAAUUGGCGCCAAACGCUCGCGUCGGCGCGCGCCAAGCCGCGCUGCGUCGAAUUCUGCAAUUCGACCAAAUUGCUCGAGAAAUUUCGGGAAAGCAACGUCUUUUUGGACAUGGUGCAGAAGGGAUUGAGCGACUACCUCGAGGUGAAGCGGUCGUCGUUUGCGCGCUUUUACUUUCUCUCCAACGACGAGCUCCUCUCGAUUCUGUCCGAGUCCAAAGACGUCAAGCUCGUCCAGCCCCAUCUCAAAAAGUGCUUUGAAGGCAUUGUCAAGGUCGAGUUUCAAGACGACUUGACGAUCACGGCCAUGAUCUCGGCCGAGGGUGAGAGCGUCCGCAUGCACGAGCCCAUCGACCCAAAGAACAAGAACGUCGAGCUGUGGAUGCUCGAAGUCGAAAACAUGAUGCGCACCUCGAUCCGCGACACGAUGCACGCAGCGAUCCUCGACUACAUCAAGGUCGACCGGAGCAAGUGGGUGCAGAAAUGGCCCGGCAUGUGCGUCUUGAACGCAAGCCAAAUGCACUGGACGCGCGAGAUGGAGGAAGCGAUGGACAAAUUCGGCGCCGACGGCGUCAAGCUCAUGCUCAAUCGGCAGCUCGGCCAGCUCGCCGACAUGGUCACCAUGGUGCGUGGCCACCUCGACAAGAUGACGCGGAUCACGCUCGGCGCGCUGACUGUCAUCGAUGUCCAUGCCCGGGAUGUGACCAAGAAGCUCGUGGCCCAGAACGUGCAGUCGAAAGCCGACUUUUUGUGGAGCUCGCAGCUCAAGUACUACUGGGACGACGACCUCUUUGCCCAAAUGGUCACGUCCAAGCGCCCGUACGGCUACGAGUACCUCGGGAAUUCGUUCCGACUCGUCAUUACACCGCUCACGGACAAGUGCUAUUUAACGCUCAUGGGGGCGCUUCAGAUGAUCCUCGGCGGCGCGCCCGCCGGUCCGGCCGGCACGGGCAAGACCGAGACCACCAAAGAUCUGGCCAAAGCGCUCGCAAAGCAGUGCGUUGUCUUCAACUGCUCGGACGGCCUCGACUUUAUCGCGAUGGGCAAAUUUUUCAAGGGCCUGGCGUCCUGCGGCGCGUGGGCGUGUUUUGACGAGUUUAACCGCAUCGACAUUGAGGUGCUCUCGGUCGUGGGCCAGCAAGUGAUGACGCUCCAGCUCGGGAUCCGCCGAGGCGAGAAGCGCAUCGUGUUUGAAGACUCGGACAUCAAGCUCAGCGACCAGUUUGGCGUCUUCAUCACGAUGAACCCGGGGUACGCCGGGCGGUCCGAGCUCCCAGACUCGCUCGCCGCGCUCUUCCGCCCCGUCGCCAUGAUGGUGCCCGACUACGCGCUCAUUGGCGAGAUCAUGUUCUUUGCCUACGGCUUUGCCGACGCCCACGCCCUCGGCGCCAAGAUGGUCACCACCUUCAAGCUCUGCUCGGAGCAGCUCUCGUCGCAGUGCCAUUACGACUACGGCAUGCGCGCUGUGAAGACCGUGAUCACGGCCGCGGGCAACUUGAAGCGGUCCGACCCCGACAUGGACGAAGACGUCCUCUUGCUACGGGCCCUCCAAGACGUCAACUUGCCAAAGUUUCUGGCGCACGACAUUCCGCUCUUCAACGGUAUCAUCUCGGACCUCUUCCUCGGCAAGCAGCGGCCGGUCAUCGACCUCGGCGCGCUCAUCUCAGUCAUCAAGCUCCAGACACAAAAGAUGCAGCUCCAGCCCGUGCCGUAUUUUCUCACCAAGUGCAUUCAGCUCUACGAGACGAUCGUCGUGCGGCAUGGUCUCAUGGUCGUUGGCGCCACGGGCGGCGGCAAGUCGUGCAACAUUGAGGUGCUCGCCCAAGCGCUCUCGGAGCUCAAGAGCCGCAACGAGCCCGGGUUUGCAUACGAAAAAGUUAUCAAGUACCAGCUCAACCCCAAGUCGAUCACGAUGGGCCAGCUCUACGGCGAGUUUGACGCCAACACGCACGAGUGGCAAGACGGGAUUCUCUCGACGCUGUACCGCACGGCGGCGUCGUGCACAAAGUCGGACCGCAAGUGGAUCAUCUUUGACGGACCCGUCGAUGCGAUUUGGAUCGAAAACAUGAACACGGUCUUGGACGACAACAAGAAGCUGUGCCUCAACUCGGGCGAGAUGCUCCAAAUGUCGUACCAGAUGACCAUGAUGUUUGAAGUCGAGGACCUCUCGGUGGCGUCGCCGGCCACGGUCAGCCGCACCGGCAUGGUGUACAUGGAGCCGAGCACGCUCGGGCUGAACCCGCUCGUCAUGAGCUGGCUCGAGAAGCUCCCAAAAGCGCUGAGCGUCCACGCACCGAGUUUUCUCCGCCUCUUUGACCUGUACCUGCACGCCGCAGUGAUCUUUAUGCGGUCGUAUCUCAUCGAGCUCGUACCGACGAUCGACAACAACCUCGCGCAGUCGCUGCUCAGUAUUCUCAACUGCUUUUUGUCGCCGUACCUCGCAGCCGAGCCGGUGACGCCCGACGCUGCGUUUCGCAACGACAUUGAGCCCAUGUUUUUGUUUUCGCUGGUGUGGUCGAUCGGGGCGACGACCAACGACCUCGGGCGCAUCCGCUUUGACGUGUACGUGCGGCUGCAGAUGCUCGCCAACAACGCUGCGAACCUGUUUCCGGCCAAGGGCCUUGUUUACGACUAUAGUUACUCGAUGAAGGAGCACAAGUGGGUCUUCUGGAUGGACACGAUCGCAGCCUACCGCGUGCCGUCGGGCAUUUCGUUUGCCGAGAUUGUCGUGCCUACGUCCGAUAGCGUGCGCAACACGUACCUCCUCGAGCAGCUGGUCAAGACGGGCAAGCACGUGCUCAUGGUCGGCGCGACGGGCACGGGCAAGACCGUCAACAUCUCGCGCUUCUUGUCGUCGCUGUCGAGCGACUACAUGCCGGUGGCCAUGACGUUUUCCGCGCAAACGAGCGCCAACCAGACCCAAGACCUGCUCGAUAGCAAGAUGGAGAAGCGCCGGAAAGGGGUGUUUGGCCCGCCCGCCGGCAAGACCUUUGUCGUGUACGUCGACGACCUCAACAUGCCAAAGCGCGAAAAGUACUUUGCGCAGCCGCCGUUGGAGCUGCUUCGACAGUGGUUUGACCAAGGCGGGUGGUACGACCGGAAGCUGCUGCAGUUCCGCGCGAUCAUCGACAUGCAGUUUGUCGCGUCCAUGGGGCCGCCGGGCGGCGGGCGCAACCCAAUCACCAUGCGGCUGCUCCGGCACUUUAACGUUGUGUGCUACGCCGAGCUCGGCGAUGACAACAAGGCGAUCAUAUUUGCGACGAUUCUCAACAGCUUUUUGAGUGCGUUCCCGUCCGAGGUGCAGCGGCUCGAGACAUCGGUCGUGACCGCGUCGAUCGACGUCUACAAUACGAUCUGCAAGGAGCUCUUGCCGACGCCGGCCAAGUCCCACUACACGUUCAACUUGCGCGAUCUCGCCAAGGUGUUUCAAGGCUGCUUGAUGUGCGACCCGCGCAAAGUCAAUGACGCCAAUGGCUUCUUACGGCUCUGGGUACACGAAAACAAGCGGGUCUUUGAGGACCGCAUGGUGUGCGCCGAGGACCACGCGUGGUUUGCGUCGCUCCUCGCCACGACGUGCCAAGCGGCGUUUCAGACCGACUUGGCGACGAUCGUCACCAACCCGUACCUUCUCUACGGCGACUACCUCGUGCCAGGGGCCGACCCCAAGAUCUACGAAGAAGUCGUCGACGUCGCCAAACUCCUCCCGAUCGUCGAAGAGUAUUUGGCCGACCACAACGCCGAGUCCAAAACGCCGAUGCCGCUCGUGCUCUUCAUCGACGCGGUCGAGCACGUUUCGCGGAUCGCCCGCAUUUUGCGGCAGCCGCUGGGCAAUGCGCUCUUGUUGGGCGUAGGCGGGUCGGGGCGGCAAAGUCUCACCAAGCUCGCGACCUUCAUGGCCGGCUACAAGUGCUUCCAAGUCGAGAUCGUCAAGGGCUACGGCAUGACCGAGUGGCGCGACGACGUCAAGCGCUGUCUCUUGCUGGCGGGCUUGAAGGACAGUCAGGUCGUCUUUCUCUUUUCAGACGUCCAAGUCGUCAACGAGACGAUGCUCGAGGACCUCAACGGUGUCCUCAACUCGGGCUCGGUGCCGAAUCUCUACGGUCCCGAAGACAUGGACCAAAUCGUAAACGCGUGCAAGGCCGAGUGCCAGAAGAAGCAAAUUCCGCCGACAAAAACCAACAUAUUCUCGCAGUACAUUGUCCGCGUCCGGAAGAACAUUCAUCUCGUGAUCUGCAUGAGCCCGAUCGGAAAUGCGUUCCGAGACCGCUUGCGCAUGUUUCCAUCGCUUGUCAACUGCUGCACGAUCGACUGGUUCAGCGAGUGGCCCGCCGAAGCGCUCAACUCGGUCGCGACCGCGAUCCUCAGCGACGGCAACCUCCAGCUCGGGUCCCCCGACCAAAUGCAGCACCUCGUCGAAGUCAUCAAGUGCAUUCACCAGAGCGUCGAGCACAAGAGCAAGGAGUAUUACUCGAUUUUGCGCCGGUACUUUUACGUCACCCCCACGUCGUACCUCGAGCUCCUCGCGACGUUCAAAGCCGUCCUGGUCUCCAAGCGCGAAGACGUCAACACGAUGAAGAGCCGCCUCCAAAACGGCGUCGACAAGCUCUCGGAAACCAAGGUGCUGGUGGCCACGAUGCAAGACGAACUCGUCGCGCUCCAGCCGGUGCUCGCCGCGACCCAGAUCGAAGUCGAGCAAAUGAUGGUUCAAAUCACAAAGGAUCGCGCCGAGGCCGACGUGACAAAGGCGCUUGUCGAGAAGGAGGAGGAGAGUGCGUCGACAAAGGCGCGAGCGACCAAGGAAAUUGCCGACUCGGCCCAGAAAGACCUUGAUGAAGCGCUACCGGCGCUCGAUGCGGCCGUCGCGUGCUUGAACAAGCUCAAGAAGGCCGACAUUGACGAAGUCAAGUCCCUCAAGACCCCGCCGGGCGGCGUCAAGCUCACGAUGGAGGUCGUGUGCCUUCUCUUUGGGCACAAGCCCACGAUGAAGGCCGACCCGGACAAGCCGGGCAAGAAGAUUGCAGAUUUCUGGGACGUGGCGCAAAAAGUCGUUUUGGCCAACGCCAACAAGUUUCUCGAGUCGCUCAUGGGCUUUGACAAAGACAACAUUCCGGACGCCGUCAUCGCCAAAGUGCAGCCGUACAUUGACGACCCGAACUUUACACCGGACGCGAUCGAAAAGUCGUCCAAGGCGUGCACGGCCAUUUGCAUGUGGGCGCGCGCCAUGUACACGUACUACUUUGUCGCCAAGUCGGUCGAGCCCAAGAAACAAGCGCUCGCGCAAGCCCAGACCGAGCUCGACGCGACGAUGGAGAUCCUACGCGGCGCGCAAGCCGGCCUCAAGCAGGUGACGGACCGCCUCGCCGAACUCGAGGCGAGCUACAACGCGGCGAUCGCCAAGAAGGAGGAGCUCGCGGCCAAAGUCAUUCAGUGCCAAGUGCAGCUCUCAAACGCCGACAAGCUCAUUGGUGGUCUCGGCGGCGAAGAGACGCGCUGGAAGGCGACCGUCGCGCAGCUCCAGGAAGAUUACGUCAACCUCACGGGCGACGUGCUCGUGAGCGCGGGCACGAUCAGCUACCUCGGCGCCUUUACGGCCGAGUUCCGCGACGCUUUGGUAUCGAGCUGGCACGGCGCGCUGGUGACAUACCAAGUGCCCCACUCGCCCGGCUGCGGCAUUGUCGGCACCCUUCAGGAUCCCGUCAAGCUCCGGACAUGGCAGAUCGCGGGGCUGCCGACCGACACGGUCUCGACGCAGAACGGCAUCAUCAUGUCCCGCGCGCGUCGGUGGCCGCUCUUGAUUGACCCGCAAGGCCAAGCGAAUCGGUUUGUGAAGAACCUCGGCAAAGAAAAAGCUCUCUGUGAAAACGGCAUGGACGUCGUCAAGCAGUCGGACAAGAACUUUCUGCGCGCGCUCGAGAACGGCAUCCGCUUUGGCAAGUGGGUCGUGCUCGAAAACGUCACGGAGGAGCUCGACGCGGCGCUCGAGCCGGUCUUGCUGCAGCAAAAGUUCAAACAAGGCGGCCAAGACGUCAUUCGGCUCGGCGAAAACGUGAUUCCGUACAACGAAAGCUUCCGGUUCUACAUGACGUCCAAGCUCGCCAACCCGCACUACCCGCCCGAAGUCUGCGUCAAAGUGAGCUUGUUGAACUUUACCAUCACGAUGAAAGGCCUCGAAGAACAGCUGUUGAAUGUCGUUGUGCAAAAAGAGAUGCCCGAGCUCGCAGAGAAGAAGAACGAACUCGUGCUCUCCAACGCGGCGUCCAAGCGCCAGCUGUACGAAAUUGAGAACCAAAUUCUCUACCUUCUCUCGCACUCACAAGGCAACAUCCUCGACGACACGAAUCUCAUCGAGACGCUCGCGUCCUCCAAGCAAACGUCGGCCGUGGUCGUGGAGAAGAUGAAGGAGGCCGAAGAGACCGAGAAGGAGAUCGACGCGCGCAGCGACGGGUACCGCCCGGUCGCGUACCGCGCCGCGCUGCUCUUCUUUUGCAUUGCCGACCUCGCGCGCGUCGACCCGAUGUACCAGUACUCGCUGCCGUGGUUCACGUCGAUCUUUGUGCGGUCGAUUUUGGCCGCCAAGCCGUCGCCGCAGCUCGAGGCGCGGCUCAAGAACCUCAACGAUUACUUUACCUACUCGAUCUACAAGAACGUGUGCCGGUCGCUCUUUGAGAAGCACAAACUGCUUUUCUCAUUUCUGCUCACAAUCAAGAUUCUCAUGGGCAACGACGAGAUCGACGGCCUCGAGUGGCGCUUCCUCCUCUCGGGCAUGGCGCCCAACACGAUCGCGGCCGAGAACCCCGCGCCAACGUGGCUUGAAGGCUACGCGUGGACCGAGCUCUGUCGCCUCGCGUCGCUGCCGGCCUUUGCGGGGUUCACCGAGGCGUUUGCAGCGCACAAGGCGGUGUACCGGGGCCUCUUUGACAGCCCCGAGCCGCACGUCGUGCCGCUUCCCGGCGGGUGGCAGACCAAGCUCGAUGCGUUCCAGCGCCUUUGCGUCCUCCGGAGUCUCCGCCCCGACAAGAUGAUGGAAGGGAUCCAGAACUUGGUCGUCGAGAAACUCGGGCAGCCGUUCAUUGAGCCGCCGCCGUUCGACUUGCAAGAAACGUUUGAGGACUCGACGCCCGUGUCGCCGCUCAUUUUCGUGCUCUCGCAAGGCUCAGACCCCGCGAAGGACUUGUUGACGUUUGCGAUUGCGACCAAAAUGGACGCCAAGCUCAAGAGCAUCGCGCUCGGCCAAGGCCAAGGCACGCUGGCCGCGCGCUUGAUUGAGAAUGCGGUGCAGAAAGGCGAGUGGGUCCUCCUCCAGAACUGCCACUUGGCGCUGAGCUGGAUGCCGGACCUCGAGCGCAUUUGCGAAGAGCUCGACCCGGCCAAGCUGCACGUCGACUUUCGACUUUGGCUCACGAGCAUGCCAACCCCCGUCUUUCCGACCUCGGUGCUCCAGAACGGCGUCAAGAUGACCAAGGAGGCGCCAAAAGGGCUGCGCGCCAACCUCAAAAACACAUAUUACAAACUCAACGACGACGCUUUGAGCGUGACGGCCAAGCCUGAGGUGUUCCGGAAGCUGCUCUUUGGACUGUGUUUUUACCACGCGAUCGUGUGCGAGCGCAAGCGGUUUGGCGCGCUCGGCUGGAACAUUCCAUAUUCGUUCAACGAGACCGACCUCGACAUUAGCGUCGCGCAACUGCAAAUGUUCCUCGAUACGUACGACAAGGUGCCAUUCGAAGUGCUUCAGGUCAUGACGAGCAUGAUCAACUACGGUGGUCGCAUCACGGACGACAAGGACAUGCGAACGUCCGACGUGAUUCUCAUGACGUACUUUUGUCCCGCGAUCCUCGAGAGUGGGUACAAAUUUUCAACCAGUGGCGUCUACUACUCGUUGGCUGCCAACCCCAAAACGCCGUACGCCUCGUACGUUGAGUACAUCAACAGCCUGCCCAUCAACCCCGAGCCCGAAGUUUUUGGCAUGCACGAAAACGCCAACAUUACGUGCGCGCAAGCCGAGACCUAUGACGUCUUUGACAUCAUUUUGAGCCUCCAGCCACGCGUGAGCGCAGGCGCCGGCCUCUCGCGCGAAGACACGAUCGCGAGCGCGGCCGCAACCAUUGAGGCGAGCUUGCCGCCGCACUUUGACCUCGAGUUUGUCCAAGUCAAGUACGCGGUUUCGUACACCGAGUCGAUGAACACGGUGCUCGCGCAGGAGGUUGAGCGCUUCAAUAAGCUCUUGACCGUCAUGAAGGAGACGCUGCAGCAAGUGCAGCGCGGGCUCCGCGGGCUCAUUGUGCUCUCGGCCGAGCUCGAAGCGAUGGGCAACUCGCUCUACGACCAAAAGGUUCCGCUGCUCUGGGAAGCGAAAGCGUACCCGUCGCUCAAGCCGCUCACGUCGUGGGUCGCGGACCUCCUCGAGCGCCUCCACUUUAUCAGCCACUGGAUCGACCACGGCAUUCCGAUUGUGUUUUGGAUUUCUGGCUUCUUUUUUCCCCAAGGCUUUAUGACGGGCAUCAUCCAAAACCACGCGCGUCGCCAAAAACUGCCCAUCGACACGCUCUCGUUCCAGUACCUCAUGAUGCGCGACGAGCUCGCCGAUGUGACGAGUCGCCCGGACGAGGGCUGCUACAUUUACGGGCUCUUCCUCGAGGGCGCGCGCUGGAACAAGGACAUUGCGUCGCUCGACGACCCGUUCCCAAAAGAACUCUUUGCCAAGAUGCCGCUCAUGCAUUUGCACCCGCAGCAAAAGCGCGAGGCGCCCUCGAGCGGCAUUUACCGCUGUCCUGUGUACAAAAUCCUCACGCGCACCGGGACGCUCUCGACAACGGGGCACUCGACCAACUUUGUCAUGUGGAUCGAAAUCCCGUCCAACCGCCCGACGAUCUGGCGCAACUCGCUCGUCUCCGAGACGAACGCCCAAGUGCUCUUUUGCGACCAAGAGUACUGGAUCAAGGCUGGCGUUGCGUGCUUCUGUGCCCUGCGCUAUUAGGCCCCCGUGUCGAUUUAUACAUCUUGUACAAAUGGCCACUUAACUUUACGCCAAGUUCUCUACGCCUGCCAUUGAUAGAGAAGUGUGCAAAAACGUAUUCGUUAACACAAGAUAAAGUAAACGCGACAAAAAU